GGGGAUGAUUAACUUCUGCGUCAUCAUGUAUAUGAAUGACAUCCUCGUCUGCUCGGAGACCUUUCACGGGCAUGCACAUCACAUCGAAUGGACACUGGGAGCUCUAAGAGAUGCUGGGUUCAAGAUCACGCUCGAGAAGAAUGAGUUUUUCCUCUCGGAAAUCUCGUUCUUGGGUUACGUGGUGACACAUGGAGGAUUGCGACCAGAUUCAAGGAAAGGCGCGGCGGUGAAAGACGCUCCCGUCCCCACGUCAGUGACGCAGGUUCGAGCUUUUCUGGGACUGGCAUCAUACUACCGUCGUUUUAUCAAAGGCUUCGCUGCGAUUGCGCGACCUCUGACGAAUCUGUUGCGAAAGGACCAGCCCCUCAGUUGGGACGUAGAGUGCGAGCAGGCCUUCGCCACCCUCAAAGGCGCUCUGGCGACUACACCUAUUUUGAUCCAGUCGAACCCUACAAAGCACUUCAUUCUUAUCACGGACUGGCAGCCAGAGGCGAUCUCCGCUAUUCUAGCGCAGAAGGGGAACAGCGGCCGAGAGCACGUCAUCGAGUACGUGUCUUGUACGUCUCGAACGGCCUCUGAAGACGAAGGGCUAACGUCAGAGGAGGAAGAAGAAGAGGGCGUAGAGGGAGGCGGCGAGGAAGAAGAAGAGGAAACCUCAGAAGAAGCGGGGAGUUACAGUGAAUACAGCAAGGAAGAGUCGGGUGAAGAGGAAGAAGAAGAAGAAGAGGAGGAGCAGUUGGAGGAAGAGGAGGAAUUUGAGUGGGAGACUUUGGGUGAAGAGGCGGAUCGCACAGAGACUCAAGAGGAGGAUCCCGAGGCAGCGCGAAAGAGAGAGGAGAUAGCAGCUAGGAAGCAGCCCCUGGAGUUCGCAAGCGGAGUGGAUCUGCCGAUCCCGAACGACCCAGCCAAGGAUCCCGAGCCGCCCAAGAACGACGAUGGGGACCUUGCUACCGAGACUUCGAGCGCACCGGCCCGACGGCGAUGAAGCCGAUCCCCCUCCCCUUCCACCUCCGCCCGUCCACCAGUUCGAGCUCGUACUAAUGCGGGGCAUCGGGCUU